AUAGCAGUCUUCUCUCAGUUUAGCGAAAAAGUGAGGAGGUGAGCAGACAUGGCUUCACGGUCAUCGUGGAUAUGCGAGGAUCCAAAUGGGACUCUAUCAAACCUCUGCUGAAGAUCCUACAGGAAUCGUUUCCCUCCUGCAUCCACGUCGCUCUCAUCAUCAAGCCUGACAACUUCUGGCAGAAACAGAGGACGAAUUUCGGCAGUUCCAAGUUUGAAUUUGAAACCAUCAUGGUGUCCCUUGAGGGUUUAACCAAAGUGGUUGAUCCUUCCCAGCUGACUCCAGACUUCGAGGGCGGUCUGGAUUAUGACCACGAGGAGUGGAUCGAAGUUCGAGUGGCCUUUGAAGACUUCACGAGCAAUGCCGCUCGCAUCCUUUCCCGUUUGGAAGAACUCCAGGACUUGGUGUCCCAGCGGGAGCUGCCGUCAGACCUGGACGGGUCUCGGCGUGCUAUGGAGGAACACGCCUCCCUGAAGAAAAAGGUUACUAAAGCUCCUGUGGAGGAGUUAGAUGCUGAGGGUCAACGCCUGCUUCAACGAAUCCAGUGUGAGGAAAAAGGCAGAGGAGAUAUCCAGGGAUUAGCUCCAAAAGUCCAGGCACUUCUGGAUAAACUCCACGCCACACGACAACAUCUGCACCAAUCCUGGCACAUGCGCAAAGUCAAACUGGAUCAGUGCUUCCAGCUGAGACUCUUUCAGCAGGAUGCAGAGAAGAUGUUCGAUUGGAUCGUCCAUAAUAAAGGCCUGUUCCUGACAACCUACACAGAGAUAGGACCCAACCAUCAGCAUGUGCUCGAGCUGCAGACCCAGCACAACCACUUUGCAAUGAACUGCAUGAAUGUGUAUGUGAACAUCAGUCGGAUCAUGUCUGUGGGGAACAGGCUGCUGGAGUCAGGUCACUAUGCAACCCAGCAGAUUCAGCAGAUCUCAGGUCAGCUGGAACAGGAGUGGAAAGCAUUUGCCGCUGCACUGGAUGAGAGGAGCACGCUGCUGGAGAUGUCUGCUAACUUCCACCAGAAAACUGACCAGUAUAUGAGCAACAUGGACUCAUGGUGUAAGGCCUGUGGAGAGGGAGAACUUCCUUCUGAGCUACAGGACCUGGAAGACACCAUCCACCACCACCAGGGUCUCUAUGAACACAUAACCACUGCCUAUUCUGAGGUAAGUCAGGAUGGCAAAGCCCUACUAGAUAAGCUACAACGUCCUUUGACCCCAGGGAGUGCAGAUUCGCUGACAUCCUCGGCUAACUACUCCAAGGCGGUGCACCAUGUUCUGGAUAUCAUUCAUGAGGUUCUGCAUCACCAGAGGCAGUUGGAGAACAUCUGGCAACACCGCAAACUUCGUCUUCACCAACGGCUACAGCUCUGCGUCUUCCAACAGGAUGUCCAGCAGGUUCUAGAUUGGAUUGAAAACCAUGGUGAGGCGUUCCUUAGUAAGCACACAGGAGUGGGGAAGUCUCUGCACCGGGCUCGAGCAUUACAGAAACGUCAUGAGGACUUUGAAGAAGUGGCUCAGAACACCUACACGAAUGCAGACAAACUCCUGGAGGCGGCAGAGCAGCUGGCUCAGACAGGCGAGUGUGACCCUGAGGAGAUCUACCAGGCCGCACACCAGCUGGAAGAUCGUAUCCAGGACUUCGUAAGACGCGUUGAAAAACGCAAAGUCCUGCUCGAUAUGUCUGUGGCCUUCCACACUCACAGCAAAGAGCUGUGGACGUGGUUGGAGGAGCUUCAGAAGGAGUUGCUGGAUGAUGUUUAUGCUGAGUCAGUGGAGGCCGUGCAGGAGCUGAUCAAACGUUUCGGUCAGCAGCAGCAAACCACCCUGCAAGUCACCGUCAACGUCAUUAAAGAAGGGGAGGAUCUCAUCCAGCAGCUCAGAGACUCUGCGAUCUCCAGCAAUAAGACUCCUCAUAACAGCUCAAUGGCUCACAUCGAGAGUGUCCUCCAGCAGCUGGAUGAGGCCCAGGCUCAGAUGGAGGAACUGUUUCAGGAACGGAAGAUCAAACUAGAGCUCUUUCUCCAGCUCAGGAUCUUUGAACGAGAUGCCAUUGAUGUCAUCUCAGACCUGGAGUCAUGGAAUGAGGAGCUGUCACAGCAGAUGAAUGAGUUUGACACUGAGGAUCUGACGCUAGCUGAGCAGAGACUGCAGCAUCAUGCCGAUAAAGCUCUCACCAUGAACAACCUCACCUUCCACGUCAUACACCAGGGACAGGAACUCCUGCAGUACGUCACAGAAGUUCAGGACUCAGGUGUGGAGUUGUUGUGCGACCGUGAUGUUGACAUGGCGACGCGGGUGCAGGACCUGUUGGAUUUCCUGCAUGAGAAACAGCAGGAGCUGGACGCAGCCGCAGAGCAGCACAGGAGACACCUGGAGCAGUGCGUGCAGCUCCGCCACUUACAGGCCGAGGUCAAACAGGUGCUGGGUUGGAUCCGUAACGGGGAGUCAAUGCUUAAUGCAGGUCUCAUCACAGCCAGCUCUCUACAGGAGGCAGAACAGUUACAGCGGGAACAUGAGCAAUUUCAGCAUGCUAUUGAGAAAACCCAUCAGAGUGCGCUGCAGGUGCAGCAGAAGGCAGAGGCUCUGCUACAGGCCAAUCACUACGACAUGGACAUGAUCCGUGACUGCGCAGAGAAGGUGGCGUCUCACUGGCAGCAGCUCAUGCUGAAGAUGGAAGACCGCCUCAAACUGGUCAAUGCCUCAGUGGCUUUCUACAAGACAUCAGAGCAGGUGUGUAGUGUGCUGGAAAGUUUAGAGCAGGAAUACAAACGAGAGGAAGACUGGUGUGGAGGGAUUGAUAAACUGGGACCAAACUCAGAGUCUGAUCACGUGAUGCCCAUGAUCAGUAAACACCUGGAGCAGAAAGAGGCCUUCCUCAAGGCAUGCACACUAGCAAGACGCAAUGCUGAUGUUUUCCUCAAGUACUUACACAGAAACAGCGUGAAUAUGCCGGGAAUGCUCGCACAUGUCAAGGCCCCUGAACAACAAGUCAAGAACAUCCUGAAUGAGUUGCUGCAGCGGGAGAACCGGGUUCUGCACUUCUGGACCAUGAGGAAGAGAAGGCUUGACCAGUGUCAGCAGUAUGUGGUGUUUGAACGCAGCGCUAAACAGGCUUUGGAGUGGAUCCAUGAUACAGGAGAGUUUUACCUAUCCACACACACCUCCACUGGCUCCACUAUACACCACACACAGGAACUGCUGAAAGAACAUGAGGAAUUCCAGAUUACAGCCAAGCAAACCAAAGAGCGGGUAAAGUUGUUGAUCCAGCUGGCUGAUGGUUUUUGUGAGAAGGGCCACUCCCAUGCGAGCGAGAUUCAGAAAUGGAUCGCCUCGGUGGACAAACGCUACCGUGACUUUUCCCUCCGCAUGGACAAGUACCGUUCCUGCCUGGAGAAAGCGCUCGGCCUGUCCACUGACUCCAACAAAGCGAGUAAAGAUCUGCAGUUGGACAUCAUUCCAGCCAGUGCUCCUGGUGCAGAGGUCAAGCUCCGAGACGCCAACCAUGAACUCAAUGAGGAGAAGCGGAAAUCGGCCCGCAGAAAAGAGUUUAUAAUGGCAGAGCUCAUUCAGACCGAGAAGACAUAUGUGAGAGACCUGCGGGAGUGUAUGGAUACAUAUCUGUGGGAGAUGAGCAGUGGUGUGGAGGAGAUUCCCCCAGGGAUUGUCAACAAAGAGCACAUCAUUUUCGGCAACAUGCAAGACCUAUUAGAGUUCCAUCACAAUAUUUUCCUUAAAGAACUGGAAAAAUAUGAGCAGCUUCCAGAGGAUGUGGGUCACUGUUUCGUCACAUGGGCGGAUAAGUUUCGGAUGUAUGUGAAUUACUGUAAGAACAAGCCUGACUCCACCCAGCUGAUUCUGGAACACGCGGGGACCUAUUUUGAUGAAAUCCAACAGAGACACAGGCUGGCUAAUUCCUUAUCAUCAUACCUUAUUAAACCUGUUCAGAGGAUCACCAAGUAUCAGCUUCUGCUGAAGGAACUAUUGACGUGUUGUGAGGAGGGUAAAGGAGAAAUUAAAGAUGGCCUGGAGGUUAUGCUUAGUGUGCCCAAAAAAGCUAAUGAUGCUAUGCACCUCAGCAUGCUGGAGGGUUUUGAUGAGAACAUUGAGUCUCAGGGUGAGUUGAUUCUGCAGGAGUCAUUCCAGGUUUGGGAUCCAAAGACUCUGAUUCGUAAGGGCAGAGAGCGGCACCUCUUCCUCUUUGAGAUGUCUCUCAUCUUCAGCAAGGAUGUCAAAGACUCCAACGGCAGGAGCAAGUACCUCUACAAGAGCAAGCUCAUGACCUCACAACUAGGAGUUACUGAACAUGUGGAAGGAGAUCCAUGUAAAUUUGCACUCUGGCUUGGACGGACACCUACCUCAGACAACAAAAUAGUCCUAAAGGCUUCAUGUAUCGAAAACAAACAGGACUGGAUUAAGCAUGUACGCGAAGUUAUCCAGGAGCGUACCAUUCUUUUAAGGGGUGCACUCAAAGAGCCAAUCCACAUUCCCAAAGCCACUGCAACCAAACACAAGGGCAAACGGGAUGGAGAGGACCUAGACAGUCAGGGUGAUGCAAGCAGUCAGCCAGACACCAUCUCCAUCGCCUCCCGCACCUCCCAGAACACACUGGAUAGUGACAAGUUGUCUAGUGGCUCAGAGUUGACGGUGGUCAUCCACGACUUCAUGGCCAGUAAUGGAUCGGAGUUGACUGUACGCAGAGGUCAGACGGUGGAGCUUGUAGAAAGGCCCCAGGACAAGCCCGACUGGUGUCUGGUUCGCACCACUGACCGUUCACCUGCCCAGGAGGGCCUGGUUCCCAGCUCUAUGCUUUGCAUCGCCCAUUCCCGAAGUAGUAUGGAGAUGGAGGGCAUUUUCAACCAUAAAGACACGCUCUCAGUCUCCAGUAAUGAUGGAGGACUUUCAGGCAGUGCCACACUGCAGCCGGGUCAUUUGCAGAGCUCUCCUGGACCCAAACGGCCCGGAAAUACUCUGCGCAAGUGGCUGACCAGCCCCGUCAGACGGCUCAGCAGUGGUAAAGCAGACGGCCAUGUGAAGAAACUUGCACACAAGCACAAGAAGAGUCGAGAUGUCCGCAAGAAUGCAGACGCUGGCUCACAGAAAGACUCCGAUGAUAGUGCCGCCACACCACAAGAUGAGACCAUAGAGGAGAGAAUGAGAAAUGAGGGAUUGAGCAGUGGCACUCUGUCUAAGUCUUCCUCCUCAGGGAUGCAGAGCUGUGGUGAGGAGGAGGGGGAGGAAGGGCCAGACUCGGUUCCCCUGCCGCCCCCUAUGGCCAUCCAACAGCACAGCCUUCUGCAUCAGGACUCCCAGGAGGACAAGGCUACCUCCCGUCUGUCUGGACGUCCCAGCAGUUCAGAGACACCGAGUGCAGCUGAACUGGUCAGCGCCAUUGAGGAACUCGUCAAGAGCAAAAUGAGUCUGGAGGACAGGCCUAGUUCUCUCCUUGUUGAGCGAGGAGAUAGCAGUAGUCCUUCUUUCAACCCAUCAGAUAACUCCUUCCUGUCUUCCUCCUCUCCCAUCGACGAGAUGGGCGAACGCAAGACUGGCUUCCUCAAGAGACGACACUAUGUACUGCUGGAACUGGUGGAGACAGAGAGAGACUAUGUGAGAGACCUUGGUGCAGUCGUGGAGGGCUACAUGAGCAGGAUGAGGGAGGAGGGUGUACCCGACGACAUGAAAGGCAAAGAUAAGAUCGUCUUUGGGAACAUUCAGCAGAUUUAUGACUGGCAUAAAGACUUCUUUCUUGGUGAACUAGAGAAGUGCUUGGAAGACCCAGAUAGGCUCGCACCCCUGUUUAUCAGACAGGAACGAAGACUGCACAUGUACAUUGUGUACUGCCAAAACAAGCCCAAAUCAGAGCACAUUGUUUCAGAGUACAUUGACACGUAUUUUGAGGAUUUAAAACAGAGGUUGGGCCACAGGCUACAGAUCACUGAUCUACUGAUCAAACCAGUGCAGCGGAUCAUGAAAUACCAGCUUCUGCUGAAGGAUUUCCUCAAGUUCUCCAAAAAGGCUGGUUUGGACACUGUAGAAUCAGAGAAAGCGGUAGAGGUUAUGUGUGUUGUUCCGAAACGCUGCGAUGACAUGAUGAAUGUUGGACGCCUCCAAGGAUUUGAUGGUAAAAUUGUAGCCCAGGGAAGACUGCUUCUGCAGGACACCUUCAUGGUCUCAGACCAGGAUGGUGGUCUCCUUUCCCGCAUGAAAGAGAGGCGCGUCUUUCUCUUCGAGCAGAUAGUUAUCUUCAGUGAACCUUUGGAUAAAAAGAAGGGCUUCUCCAUGCCGGGCUAUCUGUUUAAGAACAGCAUAAAGGUCAGUUGGUUGGGUCUAGAAGAGAGUCCUGACAAUGACCCUUGUAAGUUUAUUUUGACCUCAAGGUCAUCGACUGGCAGUACAGAGCACUAUGUGCUCCAUUCCUCCAACCGGGCGGUUUGCCAGGCCUGGAUCCAGCAGAUCAGCAGCAUCCUGGAGAACCAGAGAAACUUCCUUAAUGCACUGACUUCACCCAUUGAAUACCAACGGAAUCAUGUUGGGGCAAGCGGUCUGGGUGGACCCAGCAGCAGUGGACUUCCGGGGGGUAGCAGCAGCUCUGCCAUGGUUCCCAGCUGUGGCUCUCGGUCCCGAGCUUCCCGAAUCCCUCAACCUUCUUCUCGUCUCCCCCAGCCAGUGCAGCAUCACCACGCCCCCGCCCCAGAUGACCGCACUUCAGAGUGAAAGUAGCAGCAGCAGCAGUGUGUCAACCAUGUUGGUGACCCAGGACUAUGUGGCUCUAAAAGAAGAUGAGAUCA